AUGAGUCUUCAUAAUAUCCUUCCUGGUGAUGGUGCUGUUAGUAAUAGCAUUAUUUACGGCGGUAAUUUUUUCAUGGGAGGCAAUAUUGUUUUUGGAGACGGUAAUUCCGAGGUUGAAAUUGAAGAAUGUGAUGAUUAUGGUAUUAAAGAACGGUCAAAAAAUUUAGAUGAUGAUGAAAUUAUGGAUUUGUCCAAUGAGAAUAAUGAAGCUCAAAAAUUUUCUGAAUUGGAUGAAGAUAUGUUAAUUUCUGAAAAAGUUUCUUGGGAAUUGGAUUCUUGGUAUAAAGAGGAUUCGCCGUAUAGGUUCGAUGAUCCAGAAGACGGAAAAUUAAGCGCCCAAGAAAGAGACGACGAAUAUGUGGUCGAAAAAAUUGCGGGUCAUAGAUUGAAUAAAAACGGUGAAUUGGAAUAUUGCAUUAAAUGGGAUGGUUGGGAUGACAAAGAUAAUUCGUGGGAAUUGUCGACAAACGUAUUUGCCCAAAAAUUAAUAAAUAAAUAUUGGAACAAAUUAUCUAAUACAAAAUCGAUCGAAUCUGAACCUCUGAAACAAACUUCAUCGUCAACUGGCAAAGUGCAAAAAAAAAAAAGAAAACCCAAGGCUAUCAUUUUAAGCAGCGAUGAAGAACAGCUCAAGAAAUCAAAAUUUUCAUCAUCGCAUGCCACACUUUCACAAGUAAAAGAAGUUUCUGAGAAUCCUAAACCCAAGGAAAACAAAAAGGCAAAAUAUAAAAAACAGGAAGAAAAGCGAUCUAAGUUUGAGCCGAAUGAGAUUAGAUCUGAAGCUUCUUCUGAUUGGGAACGUGACAUUGGUGACAUCGAAUCCGUAGAAUUGAAGAACGAAAUGCUUGUCGUCUUUGUUGCAUGGAAUUCUGGAGUGAGAAGCAUGCAUAAUGUAGAAGAAGUGAACCAAAAAGCACCGCAAAAGAUUUUAUCAACAGCAUCUCAAAAUCAAAAAGUUUGUGAGAAAGAAAAGAUGUAA